UGUAAAUAUGUUUUAUUGACCAUGUAAACUUAUUGACCAUGUAAAUAUGUUUUAUUGACCAUGUAAAUAUGUUUUAUUGACCAUGUAAACUUAUUGACCAUGUAAAGAAAUUUGCUAUGUGUUUUGCUGGCUCCGCCCACUGGCUCUUAUUAAAUAUCACAUCAAAUUAUAUGGAAGAUUUAGAGUUUAGUUUCAAGGGUUCAAGGUUUAGUACUUAGAUGAGGUCACAUUCGAUUAUGCCGUAGUAACUCCAUAUAUGGAGGUUGUGUUUCUUUUUUUUUCCACUACAGAUUCUGUGGUCAACCAGGAAGAUGGCGGUAACAAGAGGAGAUACUGCAGUCUCCUCACUAUAUAACUUUGUAAAAAAGGAUUAAACAAACCUUAUGGUAAUCCUGAGAACUUGAAUUGUAAAAUGGCUAACGAAUAUUCAUUGUUCUGACCAUUAUAUAGAUGAUUAUGAUUUUAAGCACAUAACUUUUGUAAAUGUAUAUUUCGUUGCAAAUUAUUUAGCUGAAUUUAAUGUUGACGUAUCAUGCAUGUUGUAUAAUUUGUGUAACUGGCAAUUACAACCUCAAAUGUAAAGGCUAGCGAAAAUGCCAUUCAUGGUAAAUGAUGUGUUUAAUAUGACAUGUUGCUGGUGACGAAGUCCAAUACUAGGAGACUAUCUGCGUGUAGAUAUUUCAUAAAUAAAUAUAAAGUAAAAUGCAAUAACCGUGUAUGCUCAAAAGUCCUCCACAAGGCUACAACCACAAAAAGCAUACAUUUUUGACUUUUGUUCAGACUAAAGGAGGGAAAAAGGAGGGGGUGGGGGCUCUUUUAUCCGCUAUUUCAUAUUUUCAUCACUAUUCCACAUAACGAAGGCAUCUUUAUCCCUAAACCCCUACUAGAGUUCUUAUUUUCCUUUUUUUAUUUUUUAUUUUUUUAUCUAAUUCAAAAAAAGAAAUUUGAAAAUAGACCAAUCGCAGACCACCACGUAUCAGUGAGACCCGCAAACAUUUGAAAAACCAAGCAAUCACCGUCUCUUAUUUUGAAACUUUUGGAAACGUUUUUAAGUAUUUGUGGGUCCUCUCCCACUUAAGAAACGCUAAAAGAAGAGCGAUAAAGAUGGCCUUAAAAUCGAAAAUCGUUUAGACUGGGAAAUUUUUGUGAUAAAACUCAACCCUAAGAGUUUGUUAUAAGUUGAACAUCUAAAUUACUUACUUUAAGUAAUAAAAGGAAUGCGUUGCAACAUUAGUGUAGAUGAGCACUACCAACUAUAGACGUUAAAAAUCAUGAGCGCAAUGAGGAAUAAACCAACAAAAUGGUCCCAUAAUAGUAAGGUGUGUGAAUCCAAGAAAAAUCAUGAAACGGUCGAUUGCGUUGAAGAAUAUUAUAAUUGAUAUAUCGAUUAGUGUUGGAAGACGGCUAUAGUUAAGUCUUGUUGCAAGGAAAAAGGCUUAUACGUCCAAAAUGCUGCAACCUAAUUUUAAUGACUUGUUGGCAUAUAAAACAACAUACAUAAUCGCAUAUAUUAUUUUGUAGCAAAUUAUAAUGCGAGAACGAAUCAGAUUUUCACUCAGCACUUCAUGUAUAUAUAUGUGUAUGUGUAUGUUUGUUUAUUCGAUUUUUGUUUCAUUUAUUUAUGAAAGAUAACUUUGAAAAGCACGUCUCAACAAAACUUAAACGUAUAUUUUUCGUUGACGAAGACUUAACGGAAAUAAUGUCGUAAGAUAAGAUUUAUGUAGUUUCUUCUUCUUCUCUUCUUUUUUUUGUUUGGUUGACGUAGAUAAUAUGUGCUUAGCAAAGAAGGACACCACUACACGAGUCUUCAUAUAAUACGAAUCCUCCCUCUUAGACCAUCAAAGAGCUGUUACCAAGAGACGAAGAGCUCACUUGAAACCAUUUGCAGAGCAUAAGAUGUCCACCAGGGCCGUCAGGAAUGGAGGUCGUGAGGAGCGUCGCAUAACGGUGCGUCCGUCUUCGGGAUCAAUCACUGCGGAUAGGCGUCGUUCCUCGCGUGGGACAACUGCAAUUCAUGAGGUAACCGCAAGUUUUGAAGAGCUUCGGAUGACGGAAAGACGUUCUUCGUCAACAGCGACGACUGCACGUCGUCAAGAUUUUCAAACGACGGCACAUCGUUCCUCCUCGCGUGUGGUCAGUACUGCAGUUCGUGAGGAUUUUCAGACGACAACACGUCUUUCCUCCGGAGCGAUCACUUCACGAGAGUUUCGGACGUCGUCGGAGCACCGUUCCUCAAGAAGGAUCUCUUCAACUCGCGAAGAGGUCCGGACGGGGGAGCAUCGUUCCUCGGGAACGAUCACUACAAGUCGUCAGCAGGUUCGGACCUCGGAGAAUCGUUCUUCGGGAAAGAUCACUACAAGUAGGCAAGAGGUUCGGACUGUGGGGCAUCGUUCUUCUUCGCGAACAAUCACUACAAGUAGUCAUCAGGAGGUUCGGACCUCGGAGCGUCGUGCUUCGGGAACGAUCAAUCGUGAGGAAGUUCGGACGAGGACGACAGAGCGUCGUUCAUCAGGAACCAUCCCUGCUGGACAUCAGGAGGUUAAACGCCGUUCCUCCAGAACGAUCACAGCCGAUCCCCACCGCCGCUCCUCUUGAGGAGACAGGUUCCUUCAAAAUGCAGCGUACAAGAGUCUUCUUUUUCUAUGUGUGGUCGAAACGUAUUUUGCUUCAGUUAUGUUUUUCUUCCUUCUAUAACUUUGCUUUUGUUCUUCAGCCUUUCUUUCUUUUCGUCUAAAUAAGAGUCCCAAGCAAGUGUAAUCUUAGGUUGUGUUUUCAUUUACUUUUGCCUUCUAAUAAAACUACUAAACAUAAAUCAAAGAGUUAA